UUUAUUCAUUCGCCAAUCAUAAUAGAGAAGGUGUGGUUAGGUAAAUUAUAUAAGAGAAGGGACCUGAAGUUUUUGUCAUACUUCUGGAGUUGUAUUUCUUGUUUGAAUAGAGCGAAAUCUUAAGUCAGGAUGUCUGAUAAGCCAGAUCUGUCUGAAGUGGAGAAAUUUGACCACAGGAAACUGCGCAAAACUAACACGGAGGAGAAAAACACACUGCCGUCCAAGGAGACAAUCGAUCAAGAGAAGCAAGCAUGCAAGAAGUCAUAAAGAUGCCUUGUGGUGACCCUCCCAGCCGUUCUUCUUCUAAAGCUUUGGUCUCCUCUCCUGCAUAGAUUUACCAAGAAGCCCACGUCUACCAUGGUCUGCAGAGUUUAUGAUAAAAUGUUUUUUCUUAUGUUUAAAUAUUAAAUUGAUAUAUUUUCUCCAA